AUGCGGAAACAGCUUUCAACAGUGGGCCCAAGAGCAAAUAUUACCAGAUCUGACAAGAAACGGCUGGGUAUAAAAGCAGGUACAUGGAACAUCUCCACGUCUGCGCCGGAGCGAGAUGCGCCUACUCCGACAUCUUUUGCCUUACCCAGUUUCCGUCCCCAUGUUUCAGCAUUAUAUUGGUCGGGAUGCCGGCUAAUGCAGACAAUAAUUGUAUGGCUGUCUCGCACCGACACGACUUGCCUAGCCCUGUGUGCCUAUAAAUACAGCUUUGGCUCCGACUGCAAAAUAAAUCACUUCCCAUCUACUGCUACUAUGGUUUCUCUCUCGAAAUUGCUUGCCCUUUCGCUCUUGUCGCUCGCUUCGGCCGAGCCCGCACCUCAAUUCACCGACUCUCCCACCAACACUGAAUUAAUUGCUACGUUCGACUCUAAGGUGUCUGGUUCCGUGGCCUUCACCUCCAACAACGGUCUGGUUUUGGUGUCUGUUGAUCUUUCCGACUUGCCUACUUCUGGCGGACCUUUCCUCUACCACAUCCACAAGAAACCUGUUCCUUCGGACGGAAACUGUACUGGUACGCUGUCCCACUUCAAUCCAUUCAAUGGAAGCGAGACGGCUAGCGCCCCUGACUUGAAGGAGGCUGGUGAUCUUUCUGGAAAACACGGCAAGAUUGAGGGUACUUCGCUCAACACUUCUUACAUUGACCCAUACCUUUCUUUGAACCCAAGCAGCCCUGCCUACUUUGGAGGUUUGUCUGUCGUUGUUCACUUUGCCAACACUUCUCGUAUUGCCUGUGCCAACAUCACCGAGAAGUAUCCAUCUAUUCCUUCUUCCAGUGGCUCGCUGAAGCUUUCUCCAAGUGUUAUUCUGGUUUUGAUUGCUAGUAUUUCGGCAUGGUUCUCAUCUUGA